ACGCACGCUUUUUGUUCCUGCGCCUGCGCACUGAAGGCGCGAGCUCCUCGUAAGAUGACGUCACACUCACAAAGAAGAAAGCGGGAAAAGAAAGCGGGAGAAGAAGAUGUUGUUGGGUAAAUAUUGCGACUUAAAUUUGCGUCCGGUGUGCGUAAAAGCGCGUGGUGGCGCCAAAAAGGACGCAGGGGCGCGCGCGCGCACGCCGCAUUUCCCGCCCUCUCCCACUCUCCAAAAGUUUUCCAGACUUUUUCCUUCCACGCCCCUCGAGUCCCACACAGCGUGGACCAGAACCAGGACUAAGACCAUGAGGACCAAGACCGGGACAUGAUGGGGCCUUAACGGGACCCCCGAUCAUUACCGCGCAAGACAAGAGGAGGUGGAGGGCUUCAGGCCGCGCACGGGGGCGCGCAGCAGGACUUGGACGCCGCGAUGCUGCAGAGUCCGCUCACCUCCACGCCGUUCUCCGUCACGGACAUCCUGAAGGUGGAGCAGCAGCAGCAGCAGCAGCGGCGGGAACACCUGGCCGCCUCCCCCGGGCAUGCGCACUACCGCGGCCCGCCGUCCUCCUGCAUGCUGGCCCGGGACAGUCCGCCGUCCUUCUCGGACAACGACGACCAGCCCAUGGUCUACCUGGGGGCGCUGGCCGAGGACCAGGACGAGGACGAGGACCGAGGCGGGCUGCAGGCGGCCAAGAUGGAAAACCCCGACGGGGACGCGCAGGAGCGGAGCCUGUGCGUGCUGGCGGCGGGAGACUCUGCGCCUCCGCGGGCCGCGCAGACGCCGCGCAGUCGGCGGCGGCCCCGCGUGCUCUUCGCGCAGGCGCAGGUGUCGGAGCUUGAGCGCCGCUUCAAGCAGCAGCGCUACCUGUCCGCGCCCGAGAGGGAACACCUGGCCUCGGUGCUGCAGCUGACGUCCAACCAGGUGAAGAUCUGGUUCCAGAACCGCCGCUACAAGUGCAAGCGGCAGCGGCAGGACAGAGGCCUGCAGGAGGCGGCGGGGCCGCGCACCAGCCAGCCGAGGCGCGUGGCCGUGCCGGUGCUGGUCCGGGACGGGAAGCCGUGCGUCGGCGGCGCGGCGGUGGCGGCGGCGCCUUACGCGGGCUACGGCUACGGCGGCUACCCGGCCUACACCUACGCUAGCCCCGCCUACCAGAACAACUACACCUGCGCGUACGGCGGCCUUCCCGCGCUGGGCCCCGCCGCCUCCGCGGACUCCCAGCAGGCCCAGACCCACCAAGGCGGCCCGGUGACGUCAUGCCAGGGGAUCCGGGCCUGGUGACGUCAUCGUUUGGAAACUUUUACCAUGCCUGGUUUUGCUUUUGCUUUGGCUUUUAUAUUCCAAUAAAACAAAGUUUGCUUGA